GGCAAUAAUAACCACUGAGACUGGAUCGAGGUGUUCGCGCGAGACGGACAGAGAGAAAGGAGUGUGUGAAGGGCAGAGAGCUGCACAAACAGGGAUCUGAAUAUUUGGGGGUGACCGCUGGAGUGAGUUGAUUCCGGAGGAUGGGAAGGUAAGAGGUGGGGAAAGGGGUGAGCGGAUAUGACAGAUAAGUGGGCUACAUGCUUGUGAGAGAGACCCCAGCAGCACAACGAGCACUGCGUUGCAGGACUGUUGUAUCGCCUUGGAUGACUAAAGAACUCACAGGACCACAGGAUUACUGCCUCAGGAUCAUUAACAUCUGUGAAAUCUGGACCACUGAAGAGAACACUGUUUGAGAAUCUUAUAAAUUCACUUCAUUAGCAGGCACACUGAAGCACUGGAUUGCUCCACUAUCAUAUAGACAGUUAUCUGGAUUAAUUGGCAUAUAUACCUUCAGGAUUACAACAGCACUGAAUGGCUAAAACAUCAACAGUGGAUUGCUGAAAAACAUUGCGGAGUCACUUGAUUGUUACUAAAGGGACCUUUUGUAUCUUUUUAAUUAUUUGGUCACAAAGUCAUUGGAGUUUUGAAUCUCCAUACCCCCCAGCAGAUUGUAAUUAUCAGAUUAGUGUCACUGGAUAAACAGAAUUAGAGAUCAUCCUCUGGAUCUCUGGAUCACCCUAUCACAGGCAGGUGGUCAGAGGCACAAGCUGUCCGUCGAGUGCGAGCGGGAGGUGAGAUCGGAUCCAGGCACAGAUGUUUCUGAACUCGGUUCUUGUGGCGGUGACCAACCUCGCUGCCGGGCUCCUCGGCAAUGCCUCCUUCCGGCGGCACUUCCACCUGCUGCUGUCGGCCGUGGUUCUGUUCGGGCCCGCUCUCAGUCUGUGGGGGAACCAGUACAGCAUCUUUGCCAAGAAGAGCCACUUCCUGUACAGGAUGUUCUUACGCUCUGGCUGGGGGUGGACCUGUGUCUUCGCCGGGUCCUUCGUCUUCCUCCUGUCCUACACCGUGCGCCAGUCCUUCAGUCUCUCCCUGAGACACGUGUCCCGGCUGGCAGUGGCAGGGGGGCUGUGGAUGGGGUUCCGACGGCUGCUGGCGCUGCUGGGGGACGCCACAGGGAGCUGUUACGAGCCCCUCACGGCCCCCCUGGAAGGCCAGGUGACCAAGGGCCUGGCCGAGCCGGGGCAACCCCUGCUGCUGCUGAGGGAAGACCUGACCAAGGCCGUCUGCCUCAACAAGGGCAUGCUUUGGCGCGGGUACGAGGUCUCCGAGGAUACCUUCCUGCUGUGCCUGUGCUGUCUGCUCCUGGUGGAGGAGGUAGCCAUAUUCGGCCCCUACUUGGCCCUGGGGGGCCCCUCGGGGGCCCCGCUGCGCCUGCUCUUCCUGUUCUGCGUCCUCCUCCUUGAGCUCUGGGUCUUCCUUCUGCUCUGUCUGCUGGCCUACUUCCCGCAGUUCCCCAGCCAGCUGCUAGGAGGUGCUCUGGGCUGUUUGAGCUGGAGGGCGCUGUACCAGGGCUGGUAUCGUCAAGGGCCCAGCUGGUACUGCCCCGGUCGGCCUGGGGUAGGGCUGCUCACCACUCAGGGUCAGAAAGAUGGUGUGAAGGACAAUGGCAGGCCUGCAGCUAACGGGGUGGAGACCCAUUAAAAAAGAGGAGCGCCGAUAGAGAGGGAGAGCAUGAGAGGAGAGUGGGGGGUAACGUAUCUCUGUAGGGAGUGUAGUGGUGAGGAACCGACGCAAACCCGGAGUAAGAGAGUGUCACGGUCCAUUAUAGCCACACCAGCUCAACACAAAGAAAGGAAUAAGUAUUCUGCUAGGUUUUACCAAAAACUUUGCCUUGAAUGCAAAAUAAUGAAUUGGAAUUGAAAGUAAAAAUGGAACACUGUGACUGAACGGGGGUGUGGUGGGAAAAGAGUGUGUGUACAGCAUGAGCUUGGUUGAGUUUUCUGGCUCCUGACUGGUUCUCAUUCAUACAGUCUUCUUGACCACUUCUUAUGCCUUAGGUUCAUACUGUUGAAUCUAAGACCUGCUAAAGAUCACAGCCAGUACUGUUAAAUAAUGCCAAAAGGUAUCUAAAAAUGUAUCUAUAACUACUGUCAAAACUACUGUAAAACAUCCACUGGAUAUAGUUUCAUAAAUUCCCUAAAUCUGAAA